UUGCUCCACGACGAAAACAGCGCGCACCAAAUUCCAAGCUCCUCAAAUUCUCUGCUCCGUCGCUAGACUUUCAAAAGAAUAACAAUAAUAAAAAAACCCCAAGUAUUUUUAUGCCAUCGCUCGAUCUCAGACCACAAUCUGCUGAUCUUUCAUUUUCAGCGUUCCUCAUUCUCUCAAUCUUGAUAGCCCUUUUCCUCUCCUUUUUUUGUGGUCGAAAUUUCAAUAAGAUAAUCCCAUUGAACUCUCGUGUUAUCCUUUAUCUGAUACAAAAAGUUCUGUGUCCGUUCGUUCUAAACCCCUCACUUUCUUUUAUUUAGUUUCCGACUCCACCGCCACUCCGCAGAAAAAUUUAAAAAAAAAUUCAAAGGGGACGAUCAUGCCGAAACCAUUGGAUCACGAAUCGAUCAAUGAGAAUGUCAAGAAAGUGGCGUAUGCUGUUAGGGGAGAGCUUUAUUUGAGAGCAUCAGAGCUUCAAAAGGAAGGGAAAAAGAUUAUCUUUACGAAUGUUGGUAAUCCUCAUGCUUUAGGACAGAAGCCUUUGACAUUCCCUCGUCAGGUGGUAGCACUGUGCCAAGCUCCAUUUUUAUUAGAUGAUCCUAAUGUUGGAUUGGUAUUCCCGGCUGAUGCCAUUGCAAGAGCUAAGCAUUACCUUUCACUGACUUCUGGUGGAUUAGGUGCAUAUAGUGAUUCUCGAGGUCUGCCUGGAAUAAGGAAGGAAGUUGCUGAAUUCAUUGAAAGGCGUGAUGGAUACCCUAGUAAUCCAGAUCUUAUAUUUCUAACUGAUGGUGCAAGUAAAGGUGUUAUGCAGAUGCUUAAUACCAUUAUCAGAAAUGAGAAGGAUGGGAUUCUCGUUCCUGUCCCACAGUAUCCACUUUAUUCUGCUACAAUACAAUUAUAUGGCGGUUCCCUUGUUCCCUACUAUUUAGAUGAGGAAUCAAACUGGGGCCUUGACUUGAAUAAUGUGCGGCAGUCAGUCAUGCAAGCACGAUCAAAAGGAAUAACUGUUCGGGCAAUGGUGAUUAUAAAUCCAGGCAACCCAACUGGUCAGUGCCUUAGUGAAGCCAAUCUGAGAGAGCUGUUGAGAUUCUGUUUGUAUGAAAACUUGGUCCUCCUAGCAGAUGAAGUUUAUCAGCAAAAUAUCUAUCAGGAUGAACGGCCUUUUAUAAGUGCUAAAAAGAUAUUGUUGGACAUGGGUCUGCCAAUAAGUAAAGAGGUCCAGCUCGUGUCUUUCCAUACAGUUUCAAAAGGAUACUGGGGUGAAUGUGGACAGCGUGGAGGAUAUUUUGAGAUGACUAACCUUCCUCCAGAGACGGUAGAUGAGGUUUAUAAAGUUGCAUCCGUUUCUCUCAGUCCGAACGUUCCUGGGCAAAUCUUUCUAGGGCUGAUGGUUAAUCCUCCCAAGCCUGGAGAUAUCUCGUACUUGAAGUUCACUGAGGAGAGCAAAGCUGUCCUCGGGUCUCUAAGAAAAAGAGCAAGAAUAAUGACUGAUGGAUUUAACAGUUGCAGAAAUGUAGUCUGUAAUUUUACUGAAGGAGCCAUGUAUUCAUUCCCACAAAUAAGGUUGCCGCCAAAAGCAAUAGAAGCUGCCAAGAAGGCGGGCAAGGUUCCUGAUGUUUUCUACUGCCUCAAGCUCUUGGAGGCAACAGGCAUUUCCACUGUUCCAGGCUCAGGUUUUGGUCAGAAAGAAGGGGUUUUCCAUUUAAGAACAACCAUCUUGCCAGCAGAGGAAGAAAUGCCUGCCAUCAUGGCAAGCUUCAAGAAAUUCAAUGAUGAGUUCAUGGAGCAGUAUGAAGGCUACAGAGGUUACUCCAGGAUGUAAGCUUAUAAAACUGAAGAAACUGAUAAAGUUCUACCGAGCAGAAAGAAGAAACAGACCUCAUAUUAUAGAAAUUUAUAAUGAAAGCGGUCCUGGAUAAUAUACAUUACUACAUCUUGUACAACAUUUUUACUGUUGUCUUACGAAUGAAACAUAUUUAGUGUUCAUUGGCAAAAAACCUUCAUUAGCUCCUGAUGCAAGAGGUCUGCUACAUGCUUACGUAUCGUUUCUAUUGAA